UGGCUCAAGAGGCCGUUACGUUCUUGUUUCUUGUGGUGGCCCAUACCAUUGCUAUCAGACCAGAGUAGAAAGUGACCUGUGCAAGAAGCCCAAUGCCAUGGAAACUCCUCUUAAGGACGUUGCACACAUAGAAGGUUUACGUCCAGUUCUUCUCUACACCUACGUUCUCAACCUUACAAAAGACUCAAGGAUCGAGGAGAAUGAACUCCAAGAGUAUGCAGAAAUGAAGGAAGCUGAAGAAAAAAGGAAAGAUCUAGAAAAGAAAGAAAAGGAAAAGAAAUACCAAGCCCGAAAGAUGCAUUACCUCCUUAGCACUGAGCAGAUUGCAGGCAUAUACAAUUCACCAUUCAGAAAAUCCCCAGAUCCAAUGGAACUGCAGCUACGGAAGUCAAAGCCAUUGAGCCACCAACGGCAGCAAAUUAAGAGUCCCUUUGCCUAUGAGCUCUAUGACUGGCCAACUUGUACAAGGCCUCCAACUUUCUCCACAGCAGAGCCUCUGCCGCCGAUUGGCAGACAGAAACCUCAGGGGCCUUUCCGCGAUACCGCUGAAGUAUUGCGGCAGCGCUACAAGCCUUUGGAACCAACCUUGCGAGUGGCAGCAUCAAUCAAUUCACCACUAGAGAAGGCCAGAGAGGAAAUGAAAAGGGAGGAAUGGAGAAACCGUAUUCAUGACAAUGAGUUUCUACCAUUUUCUUCAUAUCAUAAAAAUAAGAAGUAUGACCCGUCAAUUCAUAGAUCAGGCAAAUAUGGCCAAGAAACUUACGGAAUUAAACACUUCCGAGAAGUACAGCCUAAGAAGUGGGUAGCAGACAAG